AUGCCACCGUAUGGUGAUAAUAUUACUGAUUAUCAAACUUUAUCUAUUAAUACAAAUAAUCUUGAUCGAUAUCAAAUUCGAUGGAUGGCUGAAGACGAUAUUGAGACAAUGACCAAAAUUGAUCGCGAUACUUGGGGUGAUACAUCAUGGUCUUCUAAAGAUUUUUUUAAGUCUUUGAAUAAUUUAAGUUGGAAUUGUUGGAUACUUGAAAACCCUAAUAGUAAUCAACCCAUACUUGGUUAUGGUCUUCAGUAUCAAUUAGAUAAUAUUUCCCAUGUAGCGAACUUAACUCUUCAUCCUAACCAAUGUGGACGUGGUUUGGGUGGUAUACUUUUACGUCAUAUGAUAGAGUAUGCUCGUCAAAAUGAUGCUACUAAGAUAACACUAGAAGUGAAUACAUCAAAUACACGUGCAUUUAAAUUAUAUGCUAAUCAUGGUUUUGAAAUAAUUGAGUAUCUUGAAAGAUAUUAUUCAGAUACUGCAGAUGCAUAUCGAAUGGAAUUGCUUUUUGAUGUAACAUAUUAG